GAAGGUUAACUGUGUGUACCCCCAACCCCCCCUCCUCCACCAAAUCGCGAAGAAAAGUAAAAUCUCCUCACACACUUAAAAUCCAUUAGAGGCCUCGCUAAUCACCCAGAUCGAAGUCAUUUCAUUAAGCUGCAGGACGGAUAUCGAUCAACCGAGAUCCCCAUUUCACUCCCGCUCUGCAAGGUGUGCUUUGACCUCUGACCUCUGAGUUCUCGCUUGAAAGAGCAAUAUGGUUCUUCAGAAGCUGAUGGGCUUUGGCAAGCAGUUGCUCCGCGUCAAAUCCAUCAACGGCAACUCUGAAGAGUCCCGUCUCUCCAGAUGCCUGAACACCUUCGACCUAGUGGCUCUUGGGGUGGGCAGCACGCUGGGCGCCGGUGUCUACGUGCUGGCCGGCGCUGUUGCCCGCGACAACGCAGGCCCUGCUAUCGUGCUGUGCUUCCUGAUCGCGGCGUUAGCCUCCGUGCUGGCUGGCUUAUGCUACGCUGAGUUCGGAGCCCGGGUUCCAAAGACUGGUUCGGCCUAUCUCUACUCCUACGUGACGGUGGGGGAGCUAUGGGCCUUCAUCACCGGGUGGAACCUCAUACUCUCCUACAUCAUCGGUACAUCCAGCGUGGCUCGUGCGUGGAGCGCAACGUUUGAUGAGCUGAUUGGGGGCCACAUAGAGCGUUUCUGCAGGCAGUACAUGUCCAUACAGGCCCCUGGGAUCCUGGCAGAGUACCCUGACAUGUUCGCUGUCCUCAUCAUCAUUACCUUGAGCGGUCUGCUGGCGUUUGGAGUGAAGGAGUCCGCCAUGGUGAACAAGGUGUUCACGUGCAUCAACGUCUUGGUGCUGUUGUUUAUGGUGGUGUCUGGCCUGGUGAAGGGAACACUCAAGAACUGGCAGAUAGACCCCCAACAGGUUCUCAACAUCAGCAACACAAAUGCCUCCAGUUUGAAUCUAACGGGGUCGCGGGUGUCCGUGGAGACCCUGGGAGAGGGGGGCUUCAUGCCGUUUGGGAUCACCGGCGUGCUCUCUGGCGCCGCCACGUGUUUCUACGCCUUCGUGGGGUUUGACUGCAUCGCCACCACAGGCGAGGAGGUGAAGAACCCCCAGAGGGCCAUCCCCAUCGGCAUCGUGUCCUCUCUGCUCAUCUGCUUCGUGGCGUACUUCGGCGUGUCCGCGGCGCUCACCCUGAUGAUGCCCUACUACCUGCUGGACAGCAACAGCCCGCUGCCCGCCGCCUUCAAGUACGUGGGCUGGGAGGGCGCCACCUACUCGGUGGCCGUGGGCUCCCUGUGCGCUCUGUCCACCAGCCUGCUGGGGGCCAUGUUCCCCCUGCCGCGAGUCAUCUACGCCAUGGCCCGUGACGGCCUGCUCUUCUCCUUCCUGGCACACGUCAGCGAGCGCAAGUCCCCCGUCAGCUCCACCAUGGCCGCCGGGGUCAUGUCGGCGGUCAUGGCCUUUCUGUUUGACCUGAAGGACCUGGUGGACCUGAUGUCCAUAGGGACCCUGCUGGCCUACACCCUGGUGGCAGCCUGCGUCCUGGUGCUCAGGUACCAGCCGAAGCAGCCCGGGCUGUCCUAUCAAAUGGCGGAGCUCCAGGAGGAGGCGGACCUUGGCGACGGCAUCAGCGUGCCCAGCAUGGUCAUGCUGGGAGGCAUGGAGGAGCGCUUCAGCUUCAGGAGCAUGAUGUCCCCGCAGAACACGGAACCGUCCACCCUUUCAGGCUUCAUCGUCAACAUCGCUGUCAGUGUCCUGGGCGUGCUGAUCCUGCUGUUCAGCAUCCUGGCGGUGAAUGGGGGGAUGGCGGUGCUGAACCUCUUCGUCCUCGCUGUCAUCUUCGCAGCGUGUUGCUUCCUCACCUUCAUCGUCGGGAGACAGCCUCAGAGCAAGACCAAGCUCUCCUUUAAGGUCCCUAUGCUGCCCUUCAUCCCAGUCAUCAGCAUGUUCGUCAACGUCUACCUGAUGAUGCAGCUGGACAGAGGCACCUGGAUCCGCUUUGCAGUGUGGAUGGCUCUUGGGUUUGCCAUCUACUUCGGCUAUGGCAUCCACCACAGCCUGGAGGGCUCGGCGGCACGGCAGUCGCCCGACACGGAGAUGCGCGGCUUCAAGCCCUCCCACGAGCUCCGCGGCCCGGCCAUGUCCCCGGAGAAGGAGGCCUUCCUCCACAACGGCUUGGAGGCGGAGAGCCGCGAAGAAGACGACGACGACGACGGCGGCGACUUCUAGUGAGGUCGACGCUCGCUUCACGCCGGACCGCCCGCUUCACGCCCCCACCCUGAACCUCGCUCCCCCAAGACCGCCGUUAUAAAAGACAAACGGACUGAAACAAAAAAAACUGCUUAGAUUGUAUCUUCAGUACAGGAGGUUUUCAGGGCCCUGAAGGUAACGUCACAUUGAUUUUCUUUUUUGUUUGUUUACAUUUGGAGACGGCGACAACUUUGCACAAACGUACUGGGGGUCACUUUGAGUUUCCAUUUCCCACGGUUUCAGUCUUUUGAUGAGAACUCGCCCGAGCUUGGCCUCAUCGCCAGCAGUGCGGAGUCAAGGGAGGGAGGACGGGGGACGCACGGGGGGUCUACUUGUGGAACUUGUGGCCAGGGAAACGGGUUUAUAAUCGUUGAAAAGUUCCGGAGCCGACCAAUUGGGUUCUGUGUCAUUGAGUUAAAUGACUGGAUGGAACCUGCGCUAUUUUAGACAUAAUUAGUCUCAAGUUACGCAGAGAGAUGGGAACCGCUGGUAUCGGUGUUGUGGAUAUACAGGUUGAUACCUCGUAAUGCGCUGAGGAACCCUUGUGGGCUAAUCUUUAGCAGUUGGAAAGGGCUAUGGCUAGCUAGCACAGAACACUGCGGGCCUUCUCGUUGACCCCGCGUAGGUGCAGCCAGACACAUGAUACUCACCAGAUACAAUGCAGUGUUGCAGGCAACAACCAGCUGAAGGGAGAAGGGACACAGUGGGGGUAUCAGAAGUACUGCGCGUUCUGUCUAGGAGGAAGUGAUGUUACAGGAUGGGAUGUAGUUACUUAAUAAUAACCUGGACAGUGAAAUACACUGUUCAAACUAAAAACACCAGGAUGCCCCCCAGUAUGUGAGAACGACUUGUCCAAUAAUUAUUGGACACAAUGCACACAGCCCAUCUGUUUUAUCGCCAAAUAUGGAUAUUUGCAGAUGCUAUGGAAUGAUGAUGUGCAAAAAUCAUACAGGGAUAGGAGGGGGGGGGGGGCACCAUAUGUCAAUGUUUUAAGUGAAGUCACACAUGAUUUUCACCCUUUAGGUAUUUACCACGUGGGGGGUGUCCAGCUGGAUCUAUAAUGGGCAGGUCAGUAUACCAGUUGGUACAGUCCACUGGGUGGGCUGAUGCAUCUAUUAAUACCUAAUGGGGUGGAAAUCACAUGUGUGAAGUCACUUUAGGGUGGACACUCCCACGUGUGUCACUAUGACACUAUAGGGGUUGAUUUUAAUCGGCCUUAUUCACCUGAACUGAGUGGGAAAUCUGCAUUCGGUUCCCCAACCAGCAUUAGCUCACCAGCUAAUGGGCAUCACACCUGGUGGUAAAACUGGGCCCUUUUUAAAUGAUUCACGUGGAAAUCAGUUGAGAGGCGCCGUGCGGGUCGCCGUGUCUUUCUUUGCCCUCUGAAACUUGAAGCCUCUACUCGGCUGCCCUCCUUUUUAAUGUUGUUUUGAAAGGAAAUGGGAAUAGAUUUUGUCUUUGUGGGUGGUGUCAUGUUCAUUUGUGUGGUCAUUUUAUGAUUUUUGUGCAUUUUAUUUUGUAUUGUAGUUAAGUCAUCAUCAUUAUGAUCUGUCCUUUAAUUCAAUUAAAUUUGUGGAGCCCUUAAUCACAUUAACAGUCUCAUAGGGCUUAACAGGCCAUAUAUUUAUGAGACUCCCCUUCCCUAGCCCCCCAGAGGGCAAGAAAAAACUCCCUUAAUUAGCGAGGAAGAAAUCUUGACAAGGUACAGAAUGGGGGAUCACUCCUUCCAAGGAUGGUUAGGAGUGCAACGGGUGCCUUCAUUGACAUUCAUAGUAAUGCAUGUCAAUUCAUUUAGCUAAGAAAAAUAAAGGGUGACUAUGGUGAGGGGGGUCCUGACCGGUUAACCUGUCAGGGUAUACCAGACAUCCUGUCAGUCACCGCAACAGACCAGGCGUCCACUCGCAUUCACCCCAACACGCUAAAGCAGACUUAUAAAUGAGAUGAUUUGAGCCAGGCAUCUGCCUAAGAGGAGCCCAAGUGGUGGUGGUGGUGGUGGUGUAAGGCCAUGUAACUGAUGUUUACUGGAGAGCAGUCUGCUUUGUUCUCAGGAUUUAUUUGGGCUACAUAAAGCUUAAUUAGCACACAGCUAAGGUUUACUAGCAUACACUUAGGGUACAGUGUUAUUGAUUAGAAUACAGCUAAGGAUGAUCAGAAAAAAGUGAGGACAAAUGACCUCUUAUAUAAGAUAUAUUGGCAAACAGUUAGGGUACAGUAUUAGCAAUUUGCAUACAGCUAUGGUUAUUAGGAUACAGCUAUUGUACUGUAAUGUUUUAUUGGGAUACAGUCAAGGUUUAAUCACUAGUUUAUAUCAGGCAAUGAAAUCUGUGACAAUUAUGUGGUGUCCGGGGCAAGACCGGCCAUCUGGCUUACCGGGCACUGUCCCUGUCGGCCGACGUGCCUUUUGGGCCGACCAAAAGGAUAAGACAAGGUGAAAGGAAGGCACGGAGAAGUCGCAGGGUAAAAUAAGUCAGCUUAUCCUUGUAGAAUCUAAACUAGGGUCUUCUAUAAAAUACGUUUGAAUCUUACAGUUCAUUACAUCAUGGCGUUACGAGGCCCUUCUGGUGUCGGCAGACACGGGGCGCACCUUAUUACUACACGCAAGAAGAUUGCAGAGGGUUAGUCAGCCCAGCCAUGGUGGUGUCCAUUUACCUCUAAAUGACAUUUCACAACUGGAUCGGUUUUCAGAUCCAGUCGGUCAUUUCCAUGUGCAGUCCUGUUGUGAUACAAUAAAGGUUUUUACUUUUGAGUAUCUUUUUAGAGGUUUGAACAUUGUUGGCUAACGUAUGUCAGUUGACCGAAAAUCCUCAUUGUAAAGAAAAAAACAUAAAAUACCAAAAAGAUAUUCAUUGUUUGAUGAACUGAGGCCCUGUCCACACUAACCCGGGUAAAAAAAAAAAAUGCACAUUCGCAAUGAAAACAAUUCCCGUCCACACUAUCGUUUUCAUAUCGUUUACCGAAAUGUUUUGCAUCCACGUUCCACACUGAAAUGAUAAACAGUUGUUCUCAUGGUCAUAGAUGUGAUCAAAGUUUUUGGAAAGUGUGAUCUAAGCUAUAGAGGCACUGAGUUUAAAGCGGCAUACACCUGGGAGAAUUUCGUUGUUGACCAUGGAAACUUCUUAGAAUGAUCUUCUGAUCAUUCUGUUAAGCAAAUUUGAUGUCUCUCUCCAAGAGCAUGUGAAGGAAUGUGUUCAAAAAAGCAAAAGCCUACAUGACGGGCGCAGAAGGCAGAGGAUCCCUGGUAACACUUCUCUCUGAAACCUGACUGACGUCAUCAGUCACUUCAUUAAGGAAGCAUAUCUAGGGAAGUAAAUGCGGCAGGGAUGUUUUCUGUGCAGAUUGACACCACACAGGCUGUUACCUCCAGAGUACUUUGUGGAGCUACUUAAAGAAGCUCAUGCAAAGGGGGAUAUUGAUCUUCAGAACUGUGUAGCCAACAUUGACAUGUAGUUGCAAUGCACAUAUCCACUGGUAAGGAGUAGUUUUUAUUAUUUUACACGGUGGCAAAAUUCUACGCAUGCUAUUCCCGCAGUCUCAUUAAAGGCCUCUCCAUCCAAAAGUCCCGGGCCAAAUUGACCCAAAGUACUCGGACCAAAAGUACAAUUUUUUUUUUUACAGUUGAUUUUUUUUAAAACGCCGCUCCAAGUACGGUUUUAACUGGCGUCUUUGUUUUUUUUUUUCCAUCGCUUAAGCACAGCAAGUCGCCUUCGGCGUUGGUGUAACGAAUAUGUAUGAGACAGUAUGUCGAGUUGUAACUGAUACAUAAGUGAAGAUUGUGCAAGCUUGUGGCAGCAUCAUGGCAGUGUCAUGGCAACCCAACGUCAUCGUUUCUAAAAGCCUCCGUCUACCCUGACCACACUACAACGCGAACCCAGCGUUUUGAACCAUUUAACAAAUUAUAUUAAUUUAAAAUGUCUCACAGAUAAGAAAUAAUGUGAUAUUGUGCCAAAUUUCCUUGAAGUCUUCAGAUGGGCCAAAAACCUCUUUCUUCAAAAAUGUCAAACCUGAGCCAUCCUUAGGCUUACUUACUUUGUUCAACAUACCUUGUAACGUCAACAGUUUUUUGUCUAUUGUUGUAAAUAAAAUAUAGAUUUUCAAGUAA